GAACUCUACUUCUUCUAUGAUGACAUGGCAUUUAUCAUUUAAACAUCAACUACGUUCAUACCUUGGUGCAACGUUGCUGCCUCUGGUAGUGAUGGAUAAUCUUAAUCAUCUAGUUUUUAAAAAGCAAACCCUGGUAGAUCAAAUCUAAACUGUAUCUCUCAACUAUUUAAUCUUGCAGAAUUUGUCAGUAUCAUUUUGGCCUUUGUCAAGUGGCGGGACAAAUGCCUCAGAAUAUAACAUUUCAGUAGCAUGCUGAUGCCAAAUUUUAAAAUACAAGGACAUGUUUGAAUUAAAUAGUUUUCUUCGGAUAAUAUGAUUAAAGAUUGAAUCAGGGACGGGCAGCUAGAAAAAAAACUUUGUCCAAGUAAGUUUAUUGGUAUUUCAUAACUCAGAGAUGUAGUUUCCCAUUUAAGAAGCAAUCGAAAACUGAACGAUCUCUGCUCUGAUAGCUCCAAAUACUGUACAACUCACGCCCCUCACAAGACAUAGAGCAUGUGGGUCACUGGCGAGACAGUGUGGCAAUGUUUUCCUUGUAAUGUACCAAGUCUUGCCAAAGCAGUGAGCAACAUUAUGACACAAUAUUUGUUCACAGCUGGCUCUCUAACAGGACAGUGCCAGCCAAUUCAGGCCUGGUCCUUUGUGAUUUAUUCCCACCUCUCCGAAAUAUUGGAAACUGAUGUCUUAACUCAUUGGUUGUGUUCACAAGUUCUAUUACUGCAAGUCGUUUUCUUUUAAUGGAUUGGUCUUUUGCAAGAAAGAGACAAAAUAUCAGUGUGAAUUACAGCAAAUCCCUCUUCCAUGAUGUUAUGGGUGAAACUCUGGGAGAUUCUCUUAUUGACCCAGAAAGCGAUUCCUUUGCUGAUACACUGUCUGCAAGCACUUCACAAGAAAUUACCAUGGUUGACACCGAGAUGCCAUUUUGGCCCACCAACUUUGGAAUCAGCUCCGUGGAUCUCUCUGUAAUGGAUGACCACUCCCAUUCUUUUGACAUCAAGCCCUUCACCACUGUGGAUUUCUCCAGCAUUUCCACUCCACACUAUGAAGACAUUCCAUUUGCAAGAGCAGACCCAAUGGUUGCUGAUUAUAAGUAUGACCUGAAGCUCCAAGAGUACCAAAGUGCAAUCAAAGUGGAGCCUGCAUCCCCACCUUAUUAUUCGGAAAAGACUCAGCUGUACAAUAAGCCUCAUGAAGAGCCUUCCAACUCCCUCAUGGCAAUUGAAUGCCGAGUCUGUGGAGAUAAAGCUUCCGGGUUCCACUACGGCGUUCAUGCUUGUGAAGGAUGCAAGGGGUUCUUCCGGAGGACAAUCAGAUUGAAGCUCAUUUAUGAUAGGUGUGACCUUAACUGUCGGAUCCAUAAAAAAAGUAGAAAUAAAUGUCAGUACUGUCGGUUUCAGAAAUGCCUUGCUGUGGGGAUGUCUCACAAUGCCAUCAGGUUUGGGCGGAUGCCGCAGGCCGAGAAGGAGAAGCUGUUGGCGGAGAUCUCCAGCGAUAUCGACCAGCUGAACCCAGAGUCGGCUGAUCUCCGGGCCCUGGCAAAACAUUUGUAUGACUCAUACAUAAAGUCCUUUCCGCUGACCAAAGCAAAGGCGAGGGCGAUCUUGACAGGAAAGACAACGGACAAAUCACCAUUUGUUAUCUAUGACAUGAAUUCCUUAAUGAUGGGAGAAGAUAAAAUCAAGUUCAAACACAUCACCCCCUUGCAGGAGCAGAGCAAAGAAGUGGCCAUUCGCAUCUUUCAGGGGUGUCAGUUCCGCUCAGUGGAAGCUGUGCAGGAGAUCACAGAGUAUGCCAAAAGUAUCCCUGGCUUUGUAAACCUUGACUUGAAUGACCAAGUAACUCUCCUAAAAUAUGGUGUCCAUGAGAUCAUUUACACGAUGCUGGCCUCCUUGAUGAAUAAAGAUGGGGUUCUCAUAUCAGAGGGCCAAGGAUUCAUGACAAGGGAGUUUCUAAAGAGCCUGAGAAAGCCCUUUGGUGACUUUAUGGAGCCCAAGUUUGAGUUUGCUGUGAAGUUCAAUGCACUGGAAUUAGAUGACAGCGACUUGGCAAUAUUUAUAGCCGUCAUUAUUCUCAGUGGAGACCGCCCAGGUUUGCUGAACGUGAAGCCCAUUGAGGACAUCCAGGACAACCUGCUGCAAGCCUUGGAGCUCCAGCUCAAGCUGAACCACCCAGAGUCCUCUCAGCUCUUUGCCAAGCUGCUCCAGAAAAUGACAGACCUCAGACAGAUUGUAACGGAACAUGUGCAGCUAUUGCAAGUCAUAAAGAAAACAGAGACAGACAUGAGUCUUCACCCACUCCUACAAGAGAUAUACAAGGACUUGUAUUAGCAGAGAAGUCCGAAUUCACUGACAACGUGUUCCUUCUUCCGAUUGCACUAUUAUUUUGAGGGGAAAUCUGACACCUAAAAAAUUUACUGUGAAAAAGCAUUUUAAAAAGAAAAGGUUUUAGAAUAAUAGAUCUAUUUUAUGCAUAUUGUUUAUAAAGAUACAUUUACAAUUUACUUUUAAUAUUAAAAAUU